UACAAGCACUUAGCACUGCAAUGCCAAUCACUCACUCACAGUUUCCUCAAUCUAUCCGCCCCUUACGCUGAACAAGAAUCAUGACCCCACUUUCUUCACUUUGUUGUUUGUUCUUUCAGACAAAAACCUUAUUUUGUUGUCUUCUUUCUCUGUUGUUCUGUGAGACUCGUGUCCCCUUCUCUUCCACUCUCUCUCUCCUCUGCUCUCAUUCUUCUCUAUUUGCUUACUUUCCCACCUCCAAUUCAAAUUCUUUUCUUUCAAAUUUUUUCAAAGUGUUUCUAAUUUGGGGUUGGUUUUAUGUUGAUUUUUUGAAGGGUUUUGAGCAAAAGAUUGAAACUUUAUUGGUGGGUUUUUGAGAAAGGGGGAUGCUUUGUAGCAGGAAGAUGUUUAAUUUGUUUGUUAGUAAGAAUGUGAGGAAGAUUCUCAAGCGUAAAGAUAGUGAUGCCGGUGAAAAAGGCAAAGCACUAGAAGAUUUAAGGUCUUCUUUGUUCAAUGAGUUGCGUUCUUCUGAAGGUGCGAGGCGCUAUCAGCAACGCCUAUGUGGGCCAAUGGUGGCACUCACUUUCAACUUUUUGGUGUCUGUUGGUAUAAUUUUGAUGAACAAGCUGGUUCUUGGGAAGGUCGGCUUCAAUUAUCCAAUAUUUCUUACAUUCAUUCACUAUGUAGUAAGCUGGUUUUUAAUGGCUAUUCUGAAUGCUCUAUCUAUGCUCCCUGCGCCUCCCGCAAAAGCUUCUCGUUUAUCUUCUUUGUUCGCUCUUGGUGUAGUAAUGUCACUCUCUACUGGUCUUGCUAAUGUCAGUUUGAAGUAUAAUAGUGUUGGAUUUUAUCAGAUGGCAAAGAUCGCUGUGACCCCUUCGAUAGUGGUUGCAGAGUUCAUUCUGUUGCGGAAAAAGGUCUCUUUUCAAAAGGCUCUUGCUCUUACUGUAGUGUCCGCUGGUGUUGCUGUUGCUACUGUAACUGAUGUACAGUUCCACUUAUUCGGUGCUUGUAUAGCCUUAGCUUGGAUAGUUCCUAGUGCUGUGAAUAAGAUCAUGUGGUCCAGUAUGCAGCAGCGGGAGAAUUGGACUGCAUUGGCUUUAAUGUGGAAGACAACACCAAUUACAGUGUUCUUCUUGGUAGUGAUGAUGCCUUGGCUAGAUCCACCGGGUAUCCUUUCUUUUAAAUGGGAUUUCGGAAACACAUCUAUAAUUUUAAUGUCUGCACUUCUUGGAUUCUUGCUCCAGUGGUCCGGAGCACUUGCGCUUGGGGCAACUUCUGCUAUUACCCAUGUUGUUCUAGGCCAAUUCAAGACAUGUGUUAUACUCAUAGGAGGGUACCUUCUUUUUGGGUCAAAUCCUGGAAUAACCAGUAUUUGUGGAGCAAUCACUGCCUUGAUGGGCAUGUCGGUCUACACGUAUCUUAAUUUAAACAAUUCAGAGCAGCAUUCAAAUAAAACUGUCUCUAAACAAGCAUCAUUUUCUUCUCCAAAGUCUAAACUUAGCAGAGAAAAUGGUGAUGCUCACAUCGGAAAUGAUGCAGCAGAAUCUGUUUGAGUCGGGACUUAUCUUCAUGAUAUGGAAUAAGCUAACAUACUGUGGUCACCCUUCACUAACCUCCUAACUUAUAUAUUGUAUUCCUCAUUUCAGAUCUCUUUUUGUCGGUCAAUUUGACUGCAUUUUCUGAAAUGAACCUGUGCACGUACCCAUGUAGUUGUCGUCUUGUUGAGGUUUUAGAGAUGGUUCUGUAAGAUUAGCCAGUUUUACCCCUUGGUUCUCUCAGUUAUAUUUCAUUUUGUGUAUUACUGUAUUAGUUAGCGAGAAGCUCUAGUUUUUUUAAUGUUGCCUUCUCAUCAAUAGCAGAGUUAUUUUAGCGAGGCUGAUUUGUCUGAGGAUUGUAACCCCAUUCAUGUAAUGUAAUAAAACAAUAACAUUAUUCGCCUUGCUAUGUAAUAUUGUCAGGUUCAUCUCUUGCA